AUGGGUCUACACUGGGCAGCAUCUGACAGCCCACCAGGUAUAGAAGGCAUCGCCCUGCCAAAAGUAAUAGAGACUCUCUUUCAAGUCACUCAUCUUGGUCCCUGGGAGGACAAUCUCAAAUUUUCUAGUUUGUCUUGUGAAGAGCUGAAUAAGACAACAGAAACCACCUUGUUUCUAGUGAACAGAAGCCUUGAAAGCUUUCCUCACUGUCUGCCAAGGACAUUACAAAGCUUAGACCUAAGCAGCAACUGGCUUAAGGAACUGAGAGAUCAGGACCUGAGGGAUCUCUCCAAUCUUCAUGUUCUUAUCUUGAGGAACAACCUGAUCCAAGAGCUUCACUGGGGAGGGACUCCCGUCUUGGAGAACCUUGAAACUCUGGAUCUAAGCUACAACAAGCUCUCAUCCAUGCCCAGCUGCCAAACGAUGAUGUUGCAGAACCUAACAUGGCUAUCACUUGCGGGUAAUCCUAUUCUGGAAAUCCAGCCCUGGACAUUUUCCUGCUUUCCAUCCCUUCAUUUUCUUAACUUGUCUGCUACCCUGUUGGGGAAAAAUGACCAAGAAGGAAUUAAAGAGUCAGCCUUUGCUCAAAGAAUGUUAAACCAUUCUGGAGAAAAGACACUCAUGUAUACCAUGGAAGUAUUGGAUCUGAGUAGGACUUUUCUUCCAAAAAUUCAGCUAGGCUGGAUCAGGGACAUGCCAAACCUCAGGUCCCUCUACCUUAAGAAGAUGCCAAGACUGAAAAGUCUUGAUGGGCAAAUAUUCAAGGCUACAUCUAAUCUGAGAGUACUGGAUUGUCAAGAUUCUCAAGCACUAAGUUUUGUAAAUACACAAAUAUUUGAAGACACUCCUCAUUUGCAAUCUCUUCUGCUCCAAAACUGCAACUUGAGUUCUUUCCAGCCUUGGACUCUGAAUUCCUCCCAAGUCAUUCUCAUCAGCCUGUAUGGCAACCCUUUAAGAUGCAGCUGUAAAUUGUCUUGGCUCCUCUCUAACCUGGGGAAAAUGGUCCUGAGCAGGUCCAACGACACCGUCUGUACGCCAGCUGCAGACCCCAACGGUACCUUUUCAUCAUCUCUUUCCCUCUCCCAGCUGUACAGCAAGUGUCAUUCUGAAAGAAACACAACCUUCAUCCCGUCCAGCCCCCUUUCCCUGGAAAGCAGCGCUGAUGGCAACAACUUCUCUACCCAGCCCUUAAGGGGAUUAAAUCCACCAGUGACACAGGCUUCUCUCGGUUUCCACCAAGCAGAGCCCACACCACUCCCUGCUUUAGGGACCCCAAGCAUUACCAAGGAAAAUUCUCUCCGGCGCAAGGAAGCUACCUUGGAUCGGCCAUUCCUCGCGCUGCCCACCCAAGGGGUCGGCAGCACGGCCGCCAUCUCCUCCACGGUCCCUCCAGGAGGUGCUGAUGACAUGGCCACUCCACCCAGGGCCGGAAGCGCAGCUCACACACAACUAAGGGGAGAAAGUGUUCCAGGGAAAACCGUCUCCAACUGGUCUACCACUAGAGCCAGCACCUCUGUAGCCACUUCAGAUUCCACCCCGUUCCCAUGGCAGCCGCCCCCCAGCCCCUCCCUUCCCGCUGCCGGCACCAUUCAGACCCCGGAUGAGAGGCAUCCGCUGAGUGCCUCGAGUGCCUCGAGUGCCUCGGCAUUAGGGAUUCCCGUCUUCAUGCUGGAUGACUAUAGUAGUGAGGAGGAAGAGGAAGAGGAAGAGGAAGCAGACACGCAGCAGGCAGAGGGCCUCUGCGAUUACCAUCCUUGCAGGCACCUCCAAACUCCAUGUGACGUGCUGCAGAAAUCAUCACGAUGUCUGUGCCCCGGCCUCAGCAGCGAGGACGCCAUCCCCGACCCACCCAAGCUGACGGAGGUGUCCGAGACCACUGAUACGUCGGCCCUUAUCCACUGGUGCGCGCCUAAUUCCGUGGUGCGCAUGUACCGGCUUAUCUACCACCCAGAAGCCAGGGCAGAGACGCAGACAGUAGUGAGAGAGAUCUACGCCCUGGCCAGGGAGCAUCCCCUGCAUGGGCUCUCCCCGAGUACAACAUAUAACGUGUGUGUGUUGGCGUCCAACAAAGCGGGUCUGAGUCUAACAAGAACCAGCGAAUGGAGGAAAGCGUGUGCCACGUUCACGACCAAGCCGAGUUUCUUAAUCAUUUUUGCAGGCCUGUGUGGUACCAGUGGACUACUUUUACUCAGCACCUUUGUACUGUCUGUGUGUCUUUAUAAGAAGUGCAAAACAAGACACGUGGAACAGUAUGAUACACAUCUUGUUUCCUACAAAAACCCAGCAUUUGACUAUCCAUUAAAACUUCAGACUUUAAGUCUUUAA